AUGACGAAGGCAGCGUAUGGCGACGCGAGGAGGGCUCUCUCGACCACCACCGGCGGCGGCAGCAAGGGUGGAGCUGCGAGCGAGAAGGUCAACGCGAGGAGGGCGCUCACAACCACCCCCAGCACCCCCGGCGUGCAGGUUGCCACGGCGGUGGUGGUGGGCAAGACGCGGCUGGACUUCACCAAGCAGGUGUGCGUGAGCGUGGCCAAGAAGGCACGGCGGAAGAGCGCGACGGUGUGGUGGAAGGGCGGAGGGGAUUCGGGCAGCGCGUCGGCGGGUGGUCAGUGCGCGCAGGUCAAGUUCUUCGGUAAAUCUGGCUGCAAAGGCCCGGCGCUGGACAGCGUCCCCAACCCGCUCACGCCUGGGUUCCCAAGCACAGCGAAGGACAUCCGCAAGUGGUCUUCAGUGGCAUCGGUUCUCUGCGAUGAUCCCAUAGAUUCUGGGUGUGCAGCAUUGGGCUGUGACCCCGAUGGCUCCUGUCAGUUGGAUCAGAGCGGAGAGCUUUUCUGCCAGUGGGCCUCUUCCUGUGGCACCUGCCCCCGUGGAAGCACCUGCACACAAAAACGUGAAUAUAUCAAGUACAUAGUGAAUAUGACUUACUGCGCCUGCCCUGACGGAUAUGGGUUGACCCCGAGAGGCUGUUAUUGGGGUAAUGAACUGGGCUCUUCUUUCAGCUUCACAGUCAUUGCUGAUCCAACAGCCAAGGACAAGGCUUCCCGACCCUACACUUUCCGCCUCAACUCCACAGGCUGUACCCAGCUUCCAGAUGCAGUGGCGGGAAAGGCCACAUUUGUGAGAUAUCUUCGAGACACUGGCAACGGCGGUGCGCCUUGCGCAAGAUACAGAAUUUACCCAACAGAUAACUGUAAAGGCACUGUGUUUGAAGAAUACGUCAACGAAGGGCGGCUUGGAGAAUAUGCAUCGGAGCUGACACCAGGGACGGUUUUUGGAGAUAUGCGCUCGGCUUUGUGCAUCCCUCAGUCAGGGAUCAUCUAUUUACUGGAUGAUUAG